GUGGCGGCCAGGGAUAGCGCGCGGAGCUCGGGCAGGACUGACCAGGACUAACCCUCCGGGCGGUUGGCCUGAGUACGCGGGUGCCAUGGCCGCGGCUCCUCCGACUCUGUGGGGCCGGCUCGGGGUGCGCGCGGCGCUCAGCACCCGCUGCGGAUCCGGGGGGCCCGGCGCGGGGGGCGGGGGACCCGGCUCGGGGGGCGGCGAGCCCCAAGGCCGCCGCCGCCACCUCAGCGCCGCCGAGCAGCCGCAGCGGGCGGCCCCCCCACCCCCCAACGCCCGCUUGGACAAUAAGAGCUUCCUGUGGGCGCGCUACAACGAGAUGAAGCGCCUGGUGCAGGAUCUGCUCCCCCCUGGUGUGUGUAACCUCCUGAACCCUUCCACCAUCUACGCCAACAAUGAGGUGUGCCUGGCUGACAUUGAGAUCUAUGGUUUUGACUACGACUACACGCUGGCUCUGUACUCCAACUCCCUCCAUUCCAUGAUUUACAACACUGCCAGGGACAUCUUGGUGGAACAGUAUAAGUAUCCAGAAGGGAUCCGCAAAUAUGACUACCUACCAAACUUUGCCAUCCGAGGAUUGCACUAUGACAUUCCCAAGGGCUUACUGAUGAAGAUCGAUGCCUUCCAUUACAUCCAGCUGGGCACCGUAUACAGGGGCCUCAAGCCAGUCCCAGAUGAAGAAGUGACUGAGUUGUAUCAAGGCACACAUCACAUCCCCCUCCACCAGGUUAGCGGAUUCUAUGGCAAGGGACCAGCAGUGAAGCAAUUCAUGGACAUCUUUUCCCUUCCUGAGAUGACCCUCCUUGCAGUGGCCAAUGACUUCUUCAUUUCCAAUGACAUUGAUUAUGACCCCAUCCACCUUUAUAAGGAUGUCACGGAUGCCAUCAGGGAUGUCCACAUCAAAGGCCUCAUGUACAAAUGGAUCCUCCAGGACUUGGAAAAGUACAUCCUUCGGGGUGAAGAGACCUAUGCAGUCCUGCGCCGUCUGGUGGACAACGGCAAGAAGCUGUUUCUCAUCACCAACAGCCCCUUCAGCUUUGUUGACAAAGGCAUGAAGUACAUGGUGGGCAAGGAGUGGAGGGAUUUCUUCGAUAUAGUCAUUGUGCAGGCGGAUAAGCCACAUUUCUUUAAUGAUGGCAUCAAACCUUUCCGACGAUUGGAUGAGAAUGGAGACCUUCAGUGGGAUAAGAUCAUCAAGCUAGAAAAGGGCCAGGUAUACAAGCAGGGGAACCUGUUUGAUUUCCUGCGGCUGACUGGUUGGCGAGGAUCCAAAGUCUUCUACUUUGGUGACCAUCUCUACAGUGAUCUGGCAGACCUAAUGCUUCGACAUGGCUGGCGUACUGGGGCCAUUGUUCCAGAACUGGAGACUGAAACCAAGAUUGUCAACACAGAGCAGUAUUCUCAGUCACUGACAUGGCUACAGGCCCUCACUGGCCUACUGGAACGUAUGCAGAUGUUUCGAGAUGCUGAGUCCCAGCAGGUGCUUCAAGACUGGAUGAAGGAGAGACAGGAGAUGAGGGCUGUCACCAAGAAUUUGUUCAACCCUCAGUUUGGCAGCAUCUUUCGAACCUGCCACAACCCCACCUACUUCUCUCGCCGACUCUGCCGCUUCUCAGACCUCUACAUGGCUUCCAUCAGCUGCCUGCUCAAUUAUGACCUUCGCUACACCUUCUUUCCCCGCCGCACUCCUCUGCAGCAUGAGGCCCCCCUCUGGAUGGACCAGCUGUGCACAGGCUGCAUGAAAACCCCCUUUCUGGAGGAGAUGGCCCACAUUCGCUAGGGUGUGUGCUUCCCACCUGGGGGUGCUGGGCCGUUCACAAGCCAAGGCCUAGUGCAAGACUGGAUUCUUCUGGUCUCAGCACAUCCCCCUCCCAUCCCCUAGCUCGGUCCGGGGCUGGGAGCCAAAGGGUGACCAUGGGGCUGACCACCAGGGUGUCCCAUGAAGAGGAUACACUGGCAUCAGCUGUUGCCUUUGUGCCUCUUCAUUAUGACCGCCUUAGGGACCCACAAGACCCUAUUCGUACUGUCCAUUGGAUGGGCAUUGGGGUUUGUCUGCUUUGGUGCUAGGGAGGAGCCUGUCCCUGAGGCUUGAGGGAUGGGUAUCCCCAGUUAGAAAUCUGUUUUUCCGGGCCAAGCAACAGAGCCCAGCCACAGCUGAGAGAGAGAGAGAGAGAGAAAGCAUUAGAAAGAGUGUGGAUCCAUGUGCCUACUGAAGGGGCAGGCAGAGAAUCUAAGAACUCAGAAGGCUAGUCCCAGUGGACUCUGAAGGACCCUUUCUCCCUUUGAUUGCAUCUGGGACCUAGGAAAAUGAAAGGACUUCCCCAAGGUCCUAGCGUGCAGGGAGUGAGAUUUAGUUUGGGGGUUAGCAGAGGGGGUGGGUGUUGUUCUUUGGGGGUGGGAGGGUUGGAGUCUUUCCUGGGUUCAGAGGCCUUGCAAGACCUUGCUCAGGAGGGGCCUGGAGCAAGCUGCUUUGGCUCUUCCACCUUCACAACCCCUCCCCACAGCCCUCUCCCCUUCCUGGAAACCUCAGGCUACACCCUAGCCCUGCAAUGGGCCCUGUGCCUUGCCUGCUUUCUCUUGCCAAAAAGCUGCAGCCUUGACUCUUAACUGCACAGGGAGAACUCUUGGGAAAGCAGCAGGGUUGGGGCUGGGUUACAAACUGUGUUUGGCAGGCAGAGAAGCAAUAGAUGCCUCCACAAGGUUCCCAGGGCUCUUGCCAGGAGCAGGGGCUCCCCAUUCUGUCAAGGCAUAUACCAACCCAGCCCUCCACCAAGAGAUUGGAUGGGGGUCUUUGGCCAUCAUCUCAGUUCCCCCCUUGGAGGUGCUGGCAGGCUCUCCUCCCGUAUCUGCUGCCUAUAAAUAGGGAGAAGCCCACUAUCCCAUCCUAUUACAAAGGAGUCUGCAUCUGCAGAAUAUCUCCAAUGGAGAUAGUGGGACAUGGUGGGCUUCGUCCUGUCCUUGAUGCUCUGAGCCCUCCAGUGGUGGGCUCCCAUGGAGUUGGAAACAUCUCUGUGCCCCCCACCCCCUUCCCUCAGUCAGCUAGAGCUGCUAAGCUGGGAGGCAGGAGCCCUCUUACCCAAGCCUUCUGCCUCUUUGUCCACCCCUCACUCUUCUCUUGCCCCUUUCCUCUUAAAGGAAAACAAAACCGAAAAUCCGGUUGGUUUUCUAUCUCCUUUGUUUCUGAAGAUGCUCUUCCCUGUGCCUCCUCAGAGAGCCAUCUGCUGAAUGAAUGUCCAGAUGUUCUGGAUGGCUAUAUCUGUCCCCAGGUAAAUGUUAAGUACUGGGGACAGUAAUAGAAGUAAGCCACCCCAUGCUUUCAGGAGGCUUAGAUUCUGAUAGAAGAAGACAGAUGACAUACAUAGAGGGACCUGGUGACCCGGGAGUAGUGCUUUGGUCUGAGAAGACAGGGCUGGUGAGGGGAGUCAUAGAGCAAUUGAUUUAUGUGUCCUCUCAGGACAGACUGUUUCCAGAGUGAGUGAAGAUGGCUGGAGAGCCAGCCCAUGAAACAAAGGCAGUUUAGCCUUCUGUCGAGUCAGUCCAUCAACCAAGCCUGAUGCUUUGGCCAGUGUUCCAACAGCUCAACUUGCUUGCCUACUAGAGUUCCACUCACUGCUGAUAGUGUAGAAAUUGUUCAAUACUUUAAAAUGGUCUCACCUGCCACUACCUUCCCCCCAGUGAAAUUGUUCUUGGGGCCUUCUCUUCCAUGGAGAGGGAAAACACUGAGCCAGAAUCAAAAA